AUGGACUUUGAUUUUAAGACACAGGAGUGCCGGGGACUUGGGUGGCGAAUAGGACUCAAAUGCACAAAGUGUACAUAUGUGUCCAGUGUAUACUCUCUAUAUGAAGGAAGGAAGAAACCAGGCAGGAAGGGGAGAGACACUGUGCAGAUGAAUUGUGCAGUGCAGGUUGGACUAACACAGACUAGAAUUGGCAACUCGGCAAUGCGACUAACUCUGAUGAGUGCCAAUAUCCCUGCCCCCUCUGAGAGAGGAAUGCAGAAGAGUGCUAAUAAAGUAUGUGACCAGAUCGAGGAACUCAAUAAGACUGACAUGGGUGGACUUAGAAAGAGAAUACGAGAGAUCAACAUACACCUAGGAAAUCCACCAAACAAAGUGGACCUGAUGGUCGAUGCCACCUACAACAACCCAAUAUAUUCCGGUGGAGGAAAGACUCCAUUCCAGCCAGCAUCACAGGUUAUGUUCAGCACCAUAGAACACAACACCAAGGACCAGUAUGUGCUAGACCUUGUCACCAAGAACAAACUGUGCAAUAUAUGGCCACCCUGUGACAGUGAACAUAGCUCACACUGUAAAGGUAACUUACCUCUAGCCUCGUCGAUUGGUAAUGAACAAGCAUACUGUUCUGAGAGUCUGGAGAAUCUCAAAAGAGAUGGCCUGGAAGUGGACAAGCUUGUUACUGACUCAGACACAGGUGCGUUCAAGGCUGCUGACAAGAGAUACAAAUGUGGUACAUCAUGUACAAAGCCACAACACUAUCUGGACCCCAUUCAUCUCACAAGGAAUUUUAGAAAAAAACAUGUCAAAGUGUGUGAAACUUGA